GGCCUGCUGUCUGUCUACACCGUUGACAUCUUCAUGUUGAAUCGGCUGCAAUGAAGCUGCGCGUGCGUAUCCAGAGACAGAGAGGCUGGGUGGAGCUGGAGGAGGACGAGCCCACUCUCGGGGACCUGCGCGUCAAGAUCGCCAACUCCUUCCUGCCAUCAAUGGGCUACGAUUCCGGUACCGAGUUUAACAUCAGUCUAAAUGGGAAAGAUAUUCUGACCGAUGACAAUGAAACUAUGGUAUCCAUUGGAAUUGUCUCUGGAGAUUUGAUCUGCUUAAUACUACCGGAUUCCUUGGCUGUGUCUGCCUCUGCAUCUACCUUCCCUGAGGUCUUGAACGUCAGGGAGAAACCUUCAUGCUCCAGUGCUCUUCGGUGUCAGGCCCUCGAGAGUGGCGUGGGCGGACCUCCCAUGGCUCAGUGGCCUGAAGCCAACUUCCCCAUUUCAUCCACUGAAGACAUGUCUGUGGCGUUGGAGGAAGCCCAGUAUCCACGCGAGCCCAUGCUGUGCAGCGAAGCUACAGGCGGCAAGGUGCCACAUUCAUUAGAAACACUUUACCAAUCAGCGCAGUGCGCAGACCAUAAAGACGCACUGAUUGUGGUGCUCCACCUACUAAUGCUGGAGGCAGGCUACAUCCCACAGGAUUCUGGAAGAAAGGUUGUUCAGAUGCCUGAGAAUUGGAAGAAUGGAGGUCUCUACAGAUUGCAGUACACUCACCCCUUGUCUGAAGACGGGUCUGCUACACUCAGCUGUGUCCCCAUGGGAAACCUGAUCGUAGUCAACGCUACAUUGAAGAUCAACAACAGCAUCAAGAGUGUGAAGAAAGUGCAGUUAUCUCCAGUGUCCUAUGUUCACCCAAAUAGACAGGGUGAGAAGGCAGCACGAGUAUAUAAAGACCUAGAGAAACUGUCCUGUAUGUUCAAGGAUCAGCUGGUAUAUCCUCUACUUGCCAGUGCCAGACAAGCUUUGAAUCUCCCCGACGUGUUUGGUCUAGUGGUUCUCCCUCUGGAACUCAAGUUGCGAAUUUUCCGCCUCCUGGACGUGUGCUCCAUCUUGUCUCUCUCCGCGGUUUGCCGGGAUCUUCACGCCGCUACCAACGACCAGUUGCUUUGGCGAUUUCUGUACCUGAGAGACUUUAGAGAUUCAAGAAGCAACAGCCAUGAUUGGAAGAAACUCUACAAGGAGAAGUACGCGAUGAGGAGAAAGACGCUGCAGAGGUUUCCGUUGUAUUUGCCGCCGGCUUUGCCCUUGUUUCCCGGGCAGCCGAGUCCCUUUAACCCCUUCCAGUUUGAGCCGCGCCAGUUCUACCCGCCCGGCAUCAUUGGAGGCGAAUACGACGAGCACCCUCAGCUGCCACACAGGGGAGACCCGGUCAACCGCUUUCUACCUGGAUCGGGGCCAAUUCCGGGAACGCUGCCACCUUUCAGACCACACUUCGACCCGCCAGACUCCAUGCCAGGUCAGUUGCCUGCCGUGCCUGGAUUCCCUGCCAUCCGAUUUCCAGGAAGAUCCUCUGGAGGCAGGUCGGCUAACAUAAGGCGUGGGAUCAUUUAACAACAUUCCCUGGAAGCUUUUGGACUUAUGCGUUCUUAAAGGAUGGUUAGUUUCUGCUCCUCGAGCUUGUGUCUGUCUUCUAUUGUUAAAAGAAAGGAUUGUAAAUGAUUGUGACUGAACUUAAGAUGGGUUGCUGAACUAUCGUAUAUUCAUUUGCCAAUCCAAGGCUGACGGGUGAAGUAAGGACAGAUGAAAAUAUGAAAAAGUGAUCUAAAUGCUUAUUUGCCCCGCCAUUUUGAAUAUCUGUGCAUUUUAUUUCGGGAGAAGGGAAUUAACUUGUACAAUUUGGACCAUUGCUGCAAUUUUUUCUGGAUGAUUAGCCUGGGCAAGGGCCUGAGCAGGUUGUACAUUUAAACAAAAUGGGUUAAUUUAGAAUAUGCAAAACAAUGAAAACAGCUGCUAUAGAAUUAGUCUGUAAAAUAACAAUGUGAGUAAGAUAGACACAAAAUGCCGGAUUCACUCAGCGGGACAGGCAGCAUCUCUGGAGAGGAGGAAUGGGUGGCGGUUCGGGUCGAGACCUUUCUUCGGACAAUAUAAGUAAUAUAUUUUGUCUGAAGAAGGGUCCCGACCCGAAACGUCACCUAUCUGUGGUCUCAAGAAAACCCACUGAGUUACUCCAGCACUUUGUGCCUUUAAAUAUAAUUAUAAGUGAUACCUGUCUUUUGCUUGGAGAAACUACCAACUUACAACCUCUGUAUUUUACAUGCAAGAGAAAAAAUGCUUAUUAAAGUGACAACAAUGUACUCCAAAGUCCGUGGGAAUGAAUCGA